UUCUAAAAAUAGCUAAGUAUCAGUACUAAUGCCACACGCUGCACGACAGCGUACAAACCGAAGGAAUCAACAGGCGCAUCUCAUCGAUUCGAUACUACAGCGUGCAAUAUGCAAUAUGUAAAUACCUACCGAUAUAAUUCGCACCCGCGAUGCAGGUUCCCGCCCGUCGCGGCAUAUUCUAAUAAUAGAAUUCUGUUUACAAACAUGCAUCUCGUACUACACGCCUACCCUUACACACAUUCCUUCUUCAUCAGCUCAUUUUGAAUGUGGGGAGAACAGCUGGUAAUACCAUUCUCCAGGAUUGGUUUCCGCACAUGCGUACACUAGUCCUAAUCCCUUGUAUCGAAACAAUUCGCAAAUUUUAUGCGAUAAAACACUUCUCGUUUGACGUUUUCCAAGUUGAGAAGCGUUCUUCACAGAUCAGUGAGCUGAACUUCUAUCCCAAACAAAUCAUGCUGUGAAAAAGUUAAUUUAUAAUCCUUCCGUUGCAUCAACCUGCGAAAAUGUCCUUCCUCAAGUUUAAAUUUUCCAUCAAAUCGAUGAAGCUGCUAAUCUGCCUCAUCGGAGUGUCCUCGGUGCUGUUGUUGGUGUUCUGUCUCUAUUCUACGCUCAACACUCCGGAAAAGGUCGUACAGCCGUUGAUUCCGGGCCCCGACCAACACGUGAUCAGUUACGAGCUGCUGCGAAGUCAGAAUGCUGCCCUCGUACCGGAAAAGUACAACGAACAUGAGGUGAAAUCUCGCAUCAUCAGAGACAAGAUCAAAAGACUGGCCGGUGGAAGAAACACCGAGCUCAGUACCCCCGCCCGACGGAACCGCACAAUUGCUCUGAACCGGAACAUCCAGAUCUUCUACUAUGCUCCGGUAGCAUGGUAUAAGCCACAUCCAACCGUGCCAACCGAUCGGGUCGUCAGCCGCAUCACCGAAAACGGUUCCGCCGUUUCGUUCCGUCCAAACGACGACCAGAUCAUCAAUGUUGCAUUCUAUCCAAAACGCAAGCUGUACAACACAACCGAAACGAUCAUCAGGGAGCACUUCAACGACAUCCAAAACUGUGGGAUUGGAGUUGUGAUCCUCGUAUGGCAUCCGACCUUCCAUGAGGGUUUGCUACGGGCCAUCUUCAAAACCGCUGCCAUUCACAAUCUCAAGGUCGCCAUUGAGAUUUUGGAAUACCCGGAACGAACAAUUGAAAGCAUCCGGAACGUUAUCAAGUAUUUCAUUGACCUGUUCGGAAAGGAUCAAGCAAGCACGUUGAGCUACUUCCGAGUCCUCUCGAAGCAACGUGAUCUCCCAAUAUUCUACAUACGAAAAUCGUAUCAGAUCGGUGACGCGGAUUGGAUGCGGCUGCUGUCCCGGAACGGGAUCUUGACAAUCCGUGGAACCAAUUACGAUGCCAUCGUCUUGGCACAUAUCUCUACCAAAGAGCACAAAUCGAUCGUCCGGCGAGGGGGGUUCGACGGCUUCUACACGUAUCUCCCGAGCAAUGGAGCAAACUACGUGAGCACGUGGAAGAAUUGGUCACAGUUGAAAAAGUUUGCCGACACCUACCACCUGAUGUUUGUACCGACCAUCGGUCCCGGGUAUUACGAUCGGAAAAAAUACUCUCGCAGUGCCCAAAGCCACGGAAUCUCCAAUAUCAAACGCUAUCGCUCCAAUGGGCAGUACUUUGACGUAGCAUGGCGAACGGCACUGAAGAACAAUGCUCAGAUCAUCACGAUCAACAGCUACAAUAACUGGGUCGAUGGCACUCAGAUAGAGGCCGCCAUACCGGUGUUUGGGUUCAGGGACUACCUCCCAGGACCACCGGAGAAGUAUCUGGACCUGACGCAGGCGUGGAUUGAAGAGUACGUCAAAUAUAAGCUCAACAGUAUCAAACUGGGCAAGAAAAGCGAGAACACCCUGGGGUGUUACGACUUUAUCAACAAUACCGUAUGCUAAGUUUUAGAGUGAUCACACGUGUUAGUAGACGCACAGAUUAAACUUUUCUCUCACACCACGUAGAGUAUAGACAAAUAGAUAGUUGAAGCUCUGUGUAGUCUGAAAAGCUUUAGUAAGCAAUCUAUCGAGAACUUUUCCUGUUAUCAAUAUAUCAGCAAAUCUAGCGUUGUUUAUUGGAUCCAAGCGUAGUUCUAGGCAUCAUGGAUGAUGUUAUAGUCAGUCUAGAUAAUCUAAUAAUUGGCAUGAUGAUAUCAUAGGUAGAAAAGACAACCCAAGUAUUGUUCUAUACAGAUUUUUCUACAAUCUCACUCUUUGUCAGUGUUGCACUAGAGGCCAAAGGUUGUAGCUUAUCAACGAGUGUUUGAAAUAAACAAUGUGAAUAGUUUUACAAUAAUAA